AAUGACUCCCUUGAGAGUCCUGUUCCCCUUUCCUCAAUGCACAGACCCAGAAGACGCCUCCGUCCUGCAGCACCUGCCAUGAGUGUCGGCCUCCUGUGCUGUGUGGCCUUUUCUCUCCUGCGGGCAUGUCCAGUGAAUGCUGGUGUCACUCAGACCCCAAAAUUCCAGGUCCUGAAGACAGGACAGAGCAUGACACUGCAAUGUGCCCAGGAUAUGAACCAUGAAUACAUGUACUGGUAUCGACAAGACCCAGACAAGGGGCUGAGGCUGAUUUACUACUCAGUUGCUGCUGGUAUCACUGAUAAAGGAGAAGUUCCCAAUGGCUACAAUGUCUCCAGAUCAAAUACAGAGGAUUUCCCGCUCAAGCUGGAGUCGGCUGCUCCCUCCCAGACAUCUGUUUACUUCUGUGCCAGCAGUUACUCCACAGCGCUACAAGGCUGGUCUUUCCCCGCAACAAAUCCAGAUAGAUCAGAGAUCCACUUCAAGAAUUCCAUCCGUAAAGGUUGUUCCUUGAAACCACCUCUGGUCCUGCGGAUUGAGAGAGGAAGUGAUGUCACUGUGGGAACUGCCCUGUGGAGACAAGGAAGUCCCUCUUCCUCUGCUCCUGCUCACAGUGACACUGAUCUAGUAAAGCCCCUGUCCUGGCCUGACCCUGCCAUGGGCACCAGGCUCCUCUGCUGGGUGGUCCUGGGUUUCCUAGGGACAGAUCACACAGGUGCUGGAGUCUCCCAGUCCCCAAGGUACAAAGUCACAAAGAGGGGACAGGAGGUAGCUCUCAGGUGUGAUCCAAUUUCGGGUCAUGUAGCCCUUUAUUGGUACCAACAGGCCCUGGGGCAGGGCCCAGAGUUUCUGACUUACUUCAAUUAUGAUGCUCAACCAGACAAAUCAGGGCUGCCCAAUGAUCGGUUCUCUGCAAAGAGGCCUGAGGGAUCCAUCUCCACUCUGACGAUCCAGCGCACAGAGCAGCAGGACUCGGCCGUGUAUCUCUGUGCCAGAAGCUUAGCCACAGUGUGGCACAGUCGCCUCCUUCCUGUUCACAAACCUCAUCCUUCUCUCUCUUUGAAGCUCCCAGAGACCCUUAACAGAGGCCUCUCUUUGCUCCUCACUUUUCAUGGGGAAGAAGUAGAUUUGGACAUUGGCUGUCCUUUGGGUGGAAAGAGACCACAGAUUCAUUCCUGA